AUGCCAGAGAGAAUACGACAGACAGCGAGAAGUAAGCGCGAUGGCAAGCCGGCAGCUACCCCUUGGGGCUCGGCGACGAUUCCAACCAAGCACUUUGAAGAUGCAGCGGCAUGGGAAGCAUGGCUGGAACAGAAUUAUGGAGACCCUGACGGCAUCUGGAUGAAGAUCAGCAGGAGAGGCAGCGGCAUCCCCUCCGUCACGUACGACCAAGCGCUGGAUAUUGCCCUUUGCUUUGGGUGGAUCGACGGGCAGAGAAAGAGUCUCGAUGCGCAGUUCUUCCUACAGCGAUUUGCCCCGAGACGCAAGAACAGCAACUGGUCGAAACGAAAUGUUGAGAAAGUAACUGCACUGAUCGAGGCAGGGAGAAUGCGACCUCCCGGACAGGCCGAGAUUGAUGCGGCAAAGGCAGACGGACGGUGGGAGAAGGCGUACGCGUCGCCAAGCGUGAUUGAAGUCCCCGACGAUUUCCAAAGGGCCCUUAACAAGAAUCCAAAGGCCAAGGCGUUCUUCGAGAGUCUCAGCAAGAUGAAACGAUAUCCUUUUCUUUAUCGCCUUGAGAUUGUCAAGAGGGAGGAGACACAACUGGAUUCGCUCCUCUCUCGACUUGUCGAUUUCUGCAUUCUGCUCUCUCUCUUAGAACGAGCUGAAGUCCUCAAGAACUUCGCUGAACUUGAACUCUGUCUGACGCGUCUCGAAUGCACCACCUGCCCCGCAGGAAAGGCAGAAGCGAUGGGAGAAGACCAGUUUGCUCGACCUGCACAGCUCGGCACUGGGAGGAUUAAUGCAGCUCUGAGAACAGUGUCGUGCAGCAAUCAGCAGCAUUGUGCGCAGCAUCCAUACUAA